GGGGGUGUGGCUACACGGCUUCGUCUUCCUCACAGCCACACGGGAAACUCUUGGAGCCACCAAGCUGCUCCAAAGUUUCCUAUAAACUUCCUGUAAAGUUAUUCUAAAGUUUCCUAUAAAGUUGCUCUGCGGUUUCCUAUAAAGUUGCUUUACGGUUUCCUGUGAAGUUGAGCUGCCUGCCUUGAGGACUUCAGCAGAGAGCUGGUCUGAGGAUCUACUGGACUGGACCGGACAAGGCUGCAUGCUUAAUGGUGGUUGGACUGUUCUGGACUAGGGUGCUUGGAGUACUGUUCUGAACUAGGGUGUUUGGAGUACCGUUCUGAACUAGGGUGUUUGGAAUACUAAGGUGCUAGGGUGCUGGGGGCUUGGAGGCAUGGAUCUAGACUGGGGGGCUACAGACUCCCCCUACCCAGGGGGUCCCGACCAGGCAACGCUCAACUAUAACCUGCUGGAGGGACGCUUCAAACAGCUACAAGAUGAGCGGGAGGCGGUCCAGAAGAAGACCUUCCUUAAGUGGGUGAACUCUCACCUGUCGAGGGUCUCAUGCCGCAUCAGUGACCUCUACCUGGACCUCCGCGAUGGACGCUCCCUCAUCAAACUCCUGGAGGUUCUGUCCGGGGAGAGGCUGCCCAAGCCCACUAAGGGGCGCAUGCGGAUCCACUGCCUGGAGAACGUGGACAAGGCACUGCAGUUCCUGAAGGAGCAGCGGGUCCAUCUGGAGAACAUGGGCUCCCACGACAUCGUCGACGGCAACCACCGCCUCACGCUGGGCCUCAUCUGGACCAUCAUCCUCCGCUUCCAGAUCCAAGACAUCCGCGUGGAGACAGAAGACAACAAGGAGAAGAGAUCCGCUAAGGACGCUCUGCUGCUCUGGUGCCAGAUGAAGACUGCUGGAUAUCCAAACGUCAACAUCCACAACUUCUCCACCAGCUGGCGUGAUGGAAUGGCCUUCAACGCCCUCAUUCAUAAACACAGACCGGACCUGAUAGACUUUGACAGACUGAAGAAGUCCAACGCCCACCACAACCUGCAGAACGCCUUCAACCUGGCGGAGCAGCACCUGGGCAUCACCAAGCUGCUGGACGCCGAGGACAUCAGCGUUGACCACCCAGACGAGAAGUCGGUCAUCACCUACGUUGUCACCUACUACCACUACUUCUCAAAGAUGAAGGCCCUGAAGGUCGAGGGGAAACGCAUCGGAAAGGUGCUGGACAACGCUCUGGAGUCCCAGAAGCUGAUCGACAAGUAUGAGUCUCUGUCCUCCGACCUGCUGGAGUGGAUCGAACAGACCAUAAUAAUCCUCAACAACCGCAAGUUCGCCAACUCUCUGACCGGUGUCCAGCAGCAACUACAGGCCUUCAACUCCUACCGGACGGUGGAGAAGCCCCCCAAGUUCACAGAGAAGGGGAACUUGGAGGUCCUUCUGUUCACCAUCCAGAGCCGGAUGAGGGCCAACAACCAGAAGGUGUACACCCCCCGCGAGGGCAAGCUCAUCUCUGACAUCAACAAGGCCUGGGAGCGUCUGGAGAAGGCGGAGCACGAGCGCGAGCUGGCUCUGAGGACGGAGCUGAUUCGCCAGGAGAAACUGGAGCAGCUGGCGAGACGCUUCGACCGCAAGGCGGCCAUGAGGGAGACCUGGCUGAGUGAGAACCAGAGACUAGUGUCACAGGAUAACUUUGGCGUGGACCUGCAGGCGGUGGAGGCCGCCACCAAGAAGCACGAGGCCAUCGAGACGGACAUCGCCGCGUACGAGGAGCGCGUGCAGGCGGUGGUGUCCGUGGCGCGGGAGCUGGAGGCGGAGUCGUACCACGACAUCAAGCGCGUGACGGCCAGGAAGGACAACGUGCUGCGGCUGUGGGAGUACCUGCUAGAGCUGCUGAAGGCGCGCCGGCAGCGGCUGGAGCUCACCCUGGGCCUGCAGCACGUCUUCCAGGAGAUGCUGCACAUCAUGGACUGGAUGGACGAGAUGAAGAUGUUGCUGCUGUCCCAGGACUACGGGAAACACCUGCUGGGGGUGGAGGACCUUCUGCAGAAACACAGUCUGGUGGAGGCAGACAUCUCCAUCCAGUCCGACCGCGUCAAGGCAGUCAACUCCACCGCUCACAAGUUCUCCAUCACUGGAGACGGCUACAAGCCCUGCGACCCCCAGGUCAUCCAGGACCGCGUGGCCCACAUGGAGUUCUGCUACCAGGAGCUCAGCCAGCUGGCCGGGGAGCGACGCUGCCGUCUGGAGGAGUCGCGGCGCCUGUGGAGGUUCUUCUGGGAGAUGGCGGAGGAGGAGGGCUGGAUCCGGGAGAAGGAGCAGAUCCUGUCGUCGUCGGAGCGUGGCAAGGACCUGACGGGGGCGCUGCGCCUGCUCCGGCAGCACCGCGCCCUGGAGGACGAGAUGGCGGGCCGCUGGGCCCACCUCCAGCAGGGCCUGGCCGAGGGCCACCGGAUGGUCGACGAGGGCCACUUCGCCGCCGCCAAGAUCGGGGAGCGCGCCGCGGACCUCCGGGCGCAGUGGGCGGCGCUGCAGGCGCUGGCGGCCGAGCGCCGCCGGCGCCUGGACGAGGCGCUGGCCAUGCACCAGUUCCAGACGGACGCCGACGACGUGGACGCCUGGACGCUGGACGCGCUGCGCAUCGUGUCCAGCGGCGAGACGGGCCACGACGAGUUCUCCACGCUGGCGCUCGUCCGCAAGCACAAGGACGCGGCGGCCGAGGUGGACGGCUACCGGCCCGUCAUCGACGCCCUGCACGAGGCGGCGGCGGCGCUGCCCAGCGAGGAGGCGGGGUCGGACGAGGUGCGCGGCCGCCUGGCGGGCAUGGAGGAGCGCUACCGGGAGGUGGUGGAGCUGACGCGGCUCAGGAAGCAGGCGCUGCAGGACGCCCUGGCGCUCUACAAGAUGGUGAGCGAGGCGGAGGCCUGCGAGGCCUGGAUCCAGGAGAAGGAGCAGUGGCUGGUCAGCAUGGAGAUCCCCGAGAGGCUGGAGGACCUGGAGGUGGUGCAGCACAGGUUUGAGAGCCUGGAGCCAGAGAUGAACAGCCAGGCAUCGCGCGUUGCCGUGGUCAACCAGAUCGCUAGGCAACUGAUCCACAACGGACAUCCCGGCGAGAAGGACAUCAAGGCCCAGCAGGACCAGCUGAACAACCGGUGGAGCCAGUUCAGGGACCUGGUGGACCAGAAGAAGGAAUCCCUGAACUCAGCCCUGGGCGUCCAGAACUACCACCUGGACUGUAACGAGACCAAAUCCUGGAUCAGGGAGAAGACCAAGGUGAUCGAGUCCACCCAGGAGCUGGGGAACGACCUGGCCGGGGUGAUGGCCCUUCAGAGGAAGCUGACGGGGAUGGAGCGAGACCUGGCCGCCAUCGAGGACAAGCUGGCCGGCCUGGGGAAGGAGGCGGAGCUUCUGGCGGAGCAGCACCCGGAGCAGGCGGGCGCCAUCAGGGGGCGCCUGGUGGAGAUCUCCUCCGUCUGGGACGAGAUGAAGGAAACUCUGAAGACCAGGGAGGAGUCUCUGGGCGAGGCGAGCAAGCUGCAGCAGUUCCUGCGCGAGCUGGACGACUUCCAGUCGUGGCUGUCGCGCACGCAGACGGCCAUCGCCUCGGAGGACAUGCCCAACACGCUGGGCGAGGCGGAGAAGCUGCUGGCGCAGCACGAGGGCAUCAAGAACGAGAUCCGCAACUACGAGGAGGACUACCAGAAGAUGAGGGACAUGGGCGAGAUGGUGACGCAGGGGCAGACGGACGCCCAGUACAUGUUCCUCCGCCAGAGGCUGCAGGCGCUGGACACCGGCUGGAACGAGCUGCACAAGAUGUGGGAGAACCGGCAGAACCUGCUGUCCCAGUCGCACUCGUACCAGCUGUUCCUCCGAGACACCAAGCAGGCCGAGGCCUUCCUCAACAACCAGGAGUACGUCCUGGCCCACACGGAGAUGCCCAGCACGCUGCAGGCGGCUGAGGCCUCCAUCAAGAGGCAGGAGGACUUCAUGACCACCAUGGACGCCAACGAGGAGAAGAUCGUGGGCGUGGUCGAGGCCGGACGCCGCCUCGCCAGCGACGGCAACAUCAACGCCGAGCGCAUCCAGGAGAGAGUGGCCUCCAUCGACGAGAGGCACAAGAAGAACCGCGAGGUGGCGGUGGAUCUGCUGAUGAGACUGAAGGACAACAGAGACCUGCAGAAGUUCCUCCAGGACGGGCAGGAGCUGUCUCUGUGGGUGAACGAGAAGAUGCUGACGGCCCAGGACCUGACCUACGACGAGGCCAGGAACCUCCACAGCAAGUGGCUCAAACACCAGGCCUUCAUGGCCGAGCUACAGGCCAACAAGGAGUGGCUGGAGAAGAUAGAGAAGGACGGUAAGCUGCUGGUUUCUGAAAAGCCGGAGACUGAGGCGGUGGUCCAGGAGCAGCUGGGCACCCUGCAGACCAUGUGGGCGGAGCUGGAGUCCACCACCCAGACCAAGGCCCAGUGUUUGUUUGACGCCAACAAGGCGGAGCUCUUCACCCAGAGCUGUACGGACCUGGACAAGUGGAUGGGCGGCCUGGAGGGACAGAUCCAGUCUGACGACUACGGCAAAGACCUCACCUCCGUCAACAUCCUGCUGAAGAAGCAGCAGAUGCUGGAGUCACAGGUGGAGGUUCGCCAGAGGGAGGUGUUGGAGCUGCAGACGCAGGUGACUGCGCUGGGCCAGGAGGGCAACGACAUGGUGGAGGUGGACGGGAGACGGCAGCUGGUGGCCAAGAAGUUCCAGGACCUGCUGGACCCUCUCAGGAAGAGGAAGGACUUCCUGGUGGCGUCGCGAGAGGUUCACCAGUUCAACAGGGACAUGGAGGAUGAGAUCCUGUGGAUGGAGGAGAGGAUGCCUCUCGCUACGUCUACUGACCACGGACACAACCUGCAGACGGUCCAACUGCUCAUCAAGAAGAACCAGACCCUGCAGAAGGAGCUCCAGGGUCACCAGCCGCGCAUCGAUGACAUCAUGGAGCGCAGCCGGAGCCUCCUGCAGGAGGAGUCCUCUGAAGGGGGCGUCCCCCAGCGGCUGAAGGAGCUGCAGGAGCUGUGGCGCCUCCUGCUGGAGGAGGUGGGUCGCCGUGACGACCGGCUCGGCCACGCCCACCAGGCCCAGCAGUACUACUUCGACGCGGCCGAGGCGGAGGCCUGGAUGAGCGAACAGGAGCUCUACAUGAUGUCCGAGGAGAAGGCCAAGGAUGAGCAGAGCUCGGUUGCCAUGGUGAAGAAGCACCAGAUCGUGGAGCAGGCGGUGGAGGACUACGCAGACACGGUCCACCUGCUGUCCCAGACCAGCAGGGGCCUGGUGGCCCAGGGACACCCCGAGAGUGAGCGUAUGGGCAUGCGUCAGUCCCAGGUGGACAAGCUGUACGCGGGGCUGAAGGACCUGUCCGAGGAGCGGCGGGGGAAGCUGGACGAGCGCUUCCGCCUCUUCCAGCUGAACCGCGAGGUGGACGACCUGGAGCAGUGGGUCGCCGAGAGAGAGGUGGUCGCCGGCUCCCACGAGCUGGGCCAGGACUACGAGCACGUCACCAUGCUGCAGGAGCGUUUCCGGGAGUUCGCCCGGGACACGGGCACGAUCGGCCAGGAGCGCGUGGACGCGGUGAACCGGCAGGCGGACGAGCUGAUCAACGGCGGGCACGGCGACGCGGCCACGGUGGCGGAGUGGAAGGACGGGCUGAACGAGGCCUGGGCCGACCUGCUGGAGCUCAUCGACACGCGCACGCAGAUCCUCGCCGCCUCCUUCGAGCUGCACAAGUUCUACCACGACGCCAAGGAGAUCCUGGGCCGCAUCCUGGACAAGCACAAGAAGCUGCCCGAGGAGCUGGGCCGCGACCAGAACACCGUGGAGACUCUGCAGAGGAUGCACAGCACCUUCCAGCACGACAUCCAGGCCCUGGGGACGCAGGUGCGCCAGCUGCAAGAGGACGCGGUGCGCCUCCAGUCCGCCUACGCCGGAGACAAGGCUGACGACAUCCAGCGGCGCGAGGGGGAGGUGCUAGAGGCCUGGAGCAGCCUAUUGGAGGCCUGCGACGGCCGAAGGCUCCGCCUCCUAGACACGGGGGACAAGUUCCGCUUCUUCAGCCUGGUCCGAGACCUCCUGCUGUGGAUGGAGGGCGUCAUCAGGCUGAUCGAGAACCAGGAGAACCCCAAGGAUGUCUCCUCGGUGGAGCUGCUGAUGAACAACCACCAGGGCAUCAAGGCGGAGAUUGACGCACGUAACGACAGCUUCACCUCCUGCAUCGAGCUGGGCAAGGCCCUGCUAGCCCGCAAGCACUACGCCUCCGAGGAGAUCAAAGAAAAGUUGCUGCAGUUGACAGACAAGAGGAAGGAUAUGAUUGACAAGUGGGAGGACCGAUGGGAAUGGUUGAGACUGAUUCUGGAGGUGCACCAGUUCUCGCGGGACGCAGGUGUGGCGGAGGCGUGGCUGCUGGGCCAGGAGCCCUACCUGUCGGGCCGGGAGGUGGGCCAGAGCGUGGACGAGGUGGAGAAGCUCAUCAAGAGGCACGAGGCCUUCGAGAAGUCGGCCGCCACCUGGGAGGAGCGCUUCUCCGCCCUCGAGAGGCUGACCACGAUGGAGUUGUUGGAAGUAAGGAGACUGCAGGAGGAAGAGGAGAGGCUGAGGAGACCCCCUACUCCAGAGCCUGUCGUGGAAGAACCACUACAGAGGGAAGGGGAGCAGAUCUCCCAGAACGGAAUGCCCUCUGACCAGGAGUCGCCCAGGGAUGCCGUGGAUGCUGGUAGUCUGGUGAACGGAGUGGCCGAGAGGAGUUCCAAAGAGCCUAGCCCAACGCCCUCCCCCACCUCCGGGAGGAGACCUAAAGGCAGCCAAUCAUCUACUUUGCCCUCCAGGAACCAGGAGGCCUCAACCAAUCAAAUGGAAGGAUUCCUACAUCGCAAGCAUGAAUGGGAGGCGCCAAACAAGAAGGCCUCCAACAGGUCCUGGCAUAACGUGUACUGCGUGAUCAACGGUCAAGAGCUGGCGUUCUAUAAAGACAGCAAGAUGGCUGCCCAGGGCGCGUCCUACCACAACCAGGUGCCAGUUAGCCUGCAAGAGGCUGUCUGCGACAUUGCCUCCGAAUACAAGAAGAAGAAACACGUCUUCAAACUUCGACUCACUGAUGGAAAUGAAUAUCUCUUCCAAGCCAAAGACGAAGAGGAGAUGAGCUCAUGGAUCCAGGCCAUAAUGACUGCGGGGUCAGCAGGGCACUCCGAGGCGCCCAGCAGUACCCAGAGCACCCCCGUCUCUGUCCGGGCGCACACCCUGCCCGCCUCCGUCACCAUGACGACCGAGUCCAGUCCGGGGAAGCGUGAGAAGGACAAGGAGAAGGACAAGGAGAAGAGAUUCAGUCUGUUCAGCAAGAAGAAGUAGUAGACUCCUGUUGCUGUCCUACCGCUCUGCCCCUCUACGUUCUCCACGUUCUAUGUCCUCUACGUUCUCUGCCUUCGACGUUCUCUACGUUCUCUGCCUUCUACGUACUCUGUCCUCUACGUUCUCUAUAUUCUGUCUCUAUCCUCUACACUCUCUGUCCUCUACGUGCUCUGUCCUCUACACUAUCCUCUACACUCUCUGUCUCUCUACGUUCUGUAUGUUCUCUACGUUCUCUACCUUCCUUUUCCUUUGGUUCCACCCCCUCUUCCUCUCUGCUGGGUGCUUUGUAGUGUAGGUAGGGGUCUCUGUAGGGGGUCUGAUGGAACAGGUCGGGAUGGUUAGGGGACUCUCUGUAGGGGUUCUUGUGGACCAGGUCUGGGUGGCUAGGGGUCUCUGUAGGGGUCUGGUUAGCCAGGUCUUCAGGACAGACUCCUGUUGGAUGAGUUGUUGUGGGACCUUUUUUCUACCUUCUGAUUUCACUGCAGUUUUAUAUUCCUUAUUAUAUUUCAUCUUCACCAGGAAGUCACAAUAUAAAGAUGUUUUGUGUUUUUUUUAUAUAUUCUAUCAUUUGUUGUAAGACACAUUCCGCUCCUCCUGAAGGAAACUGGACCCAUAGUGAGAUUUGAUAGGUUGUCUGCACUCAACAGCCACCCCUGAUUGGUUGAUAUGAACAGCCAAUAGCGUGAAGGGAAGGGGUGAUACUGGAAGGAUGAUUUAAGCUGAUUUCCCUGCAUGCUAAGCUAGGCUUAAGUAGCUCAAACUACACAAACUAAAUGAAGGAUGUUUCUCUAACUCUCCCUGUCUAGACCAGGAAGGAAAGUCUCAUUUGCUACAUUUGAUUUUUACCUCCACACUUAAUUUUUACGUUGGUAAUGUUUCAUAUUGUAGUACAGAUUGUAAAAGCAAGCGCUGUAUAAUAAUAGACAUUGAAGGAUGGAUGUUCGACGGGAGACCGAUAACUGCAUCCUCCCACUGCUUGCUUGAAGCCUGGCGUGAUGGGGUGUUUUCUGCUCUGUAUAUCUACAUAGUGCUGUCCUGCUCUAGUGUACUGAACCAUACUGACAUCUUAACUGCACAAUCAACACCACUCCAUAGGAAUGAAGAAAACUGCAACGUCUUGGUAUUUUGAGCCAAAUAUAUUCAGAAGUUAAAGCUAGCUUCCUCAUGUAUUAAAUUGCACCUGUAGACUUUGACUAUCUAUCUAUCUAUCUACUAUCUAUCACCACCUCUAUCUCAUUUAAAUAUGUGCGAUGUCAUUAAAAGCUUUGAAACGUU